AUGGCAACAGCAACUGACAAAAAUCUUUGUACGAUAUGCAAUAAAGAAAGACGUACUGUUAAGUGUGAAGGUUGUUCACAAAAUUUUUGCUACAAUCAUUUGGAAAAUCAUCGCCAAGAAUUAAGUAAACAAUUAGAUGAUGUUGAAGUUGCUCACGAUCUAUUUCGACAAACUCUUACUGAAAAAAUAUCUCAGCCACAAAAGCAUCCAUUGAUAGAACAAAUUAAUAAAUGGGAAUAUGAGUCAAUCAACAAAAUUCGACAAACAGCAGAAGAAGCUAGACAAUUCUUAUUUAAACAUACUACUAGACAUAUUACUCAAAUAGAAGAUGGACUAAAUAAGUUAACUGAUCAACUACGUCAAUGUCGUCAAGACAAUGACUUUGUUGAAAUAGAUGUAUACAAAUGGGAAGAACAACUGGCUCGACUACAGGAAGAACUUAGCAGACCUGCAAAUAUCAGAGUUCGACAAGAUUCUACACCGUUUAUAACAAAGAUUGAUAUCGAUGUAUCUGACAAAGACUUUAUUUUCAAUGCAAGAUGGAUACAUGAUGGUAUAACUGUAGCUGGAGGCAAUGGACAAGGCAACACACUAAAUCAAUUGUAUUGUCCAUGGAGUGUGUUUGUUGACGAUGAUCAAACUAUCUAUAUUGCAGAUUGUUAUAAUCAUCGUAUUUUGGAAUGGAAAUGUAGUGCAACCUACGGUCAAGUAGUUGCUGGUGGAAAUGGAGAAGGAAACCGACCUGAUCAAUUGAAUGGACCAACAGAUGUGAUUGUCGACAAAGAGAGUGAUUGUCUUAUCAUCUGCGAUCGCAGAAACAGACAAGUGGUGCAAUGGCCUCGUCGAAAUGGUACAAAUGGACAAACCAUUAUCUCAGAUAUUGAUUGUUGGAGCUUGGCAAUGGAUAACAAUGGAUAUCUUUAUGUUUCUGACACUGAUCAUCAUGAAGUGAGACGAUGGAAAAUGGGAGAUACUAGUGGAACAGUAGUUGCAGGAGGUAAUGGAAAAGGUAAUCAUCUUAAUCAGUUCGAUUGUCCUACUUACAUCUUCGUCGAUGAGAAUCGUUCAGUGUAUGUGUCAGAUCAAAACAAUCAUCGUGUGAUGAAGUGGAUGGAAGGUACAAAAGAAGGCAUUGUCGUCGCUGGUAGUCAACAUCAAGGAAAUGAUCUUACACAACUGUCAUGUCCUUCUGGAGUAACUGUCGAUCAAUUGGGCACUGUUUAUGUGGUAGAUAGUUGGAAUCAUCGAGUAAUGUGUUGGUCGAAAGAAGCUACGCAGGGCAAUGUUGUUGUUGGUGGAAAUGAACAUGGAGAACAAGCAAAUCAGCUUAAUCAUCCUUUGGGUUUGUCAUUUGAUCAAAAGAGAAAUCUUUAUGUUACCGAUCAGAACAAUCAUCGAAUACAAAAAUUCAAUAUCGAUUCUAGUUCCCAUUCGUAA